UGAAGAUAUUUAGGCGGGAUAAAGCAGUCAUUCGGUACUUCAGUUUCUCAUAAUGUGUGGAAUAUUUGCAUACCUUAAUUAUCAAGUCCCAGUUAGUCGUCAAGUCAUUGUAAACACUUUACUCAAUGGUUUACAUCGACUUGAAUAUCGUGGUUACGAUUCAGCAGGUCUAGCGAUAGAUGCUGUUUGCCCAGACAAAAAUGGUUUAUGCAAUGGUGAUAGCCAUAAAACGUUUACACGAGUUGUACGUUGUAAAGGCAAAGUGGCUUCAUUAGGACAAGCAGUUAAACAGUUUUUAACUGAUGCUGAUCUUCCAAAUGAACCAAUCACAACUCAUGUCGGUAUAGCGCAUACUCGUUGGGCAACUCAUGGUGAACCUAAUGAAGUGAAUGCACAUCCUCAAAGGUCUGGUCCUGAUAAUGGAUUUGUUGUAGUCCACAAUGGCAUUAUUACGAAUUAUGUUGAUCUCAAAGCUUUGCUAAAACGGCGUGGUUUUACUUUUGAAUCUGAUACUGAUACAGAAGUGAUACCGAAAUUUAUGCAAAUGAUUUAUGAUUCACAUAAAGAAAAUCCAAUUACAUUUUUGGAAGUUGUAGAGCUAGUAGCACAUCAGUUGGAGGGAUCGUUUGCAUUGGCGUGUAAAAGUAGUUAUUACCCUGGAGAAUGUGUAGUGGCGAGACGCGGUUCACCUAUGCUGGUGGGUAUUAAAAGUCCAAAUGAACUGACUAUGAAUCAUAUUCCAGUAUUUUAUAGACCAAAUGCAAAACUCUGGGAGGGAAAAGAAGAUUCAUACGACCUUAAACGUAUUUGUAGUUCAUCUCCAAAUACAACUUACAAUAUUCGAACUCAAGUCAGUGAGGAGGAACAUACAGAGAUACCAGAUCAAGUGACACAUUUCUUAAGUGGUGCAGAUGGUCAUAGAGAAAUUGAGUUUUUCUUUGCAAGUUGUGCAAGUGCACUGAUUGAACAUACAGAUAAAGUGAUCUUUUUAGAAGAUGAUGAUGUUGCUGCUGUCCGUAAUGGCCAACUGACAAUUCAUCGUUUAUCAAGAAGUGCUUCUGCUACACGUGAAGUUGUCACCCUGCAAAUGGAAUUACAGCAAAUUAUGAAGGGUAAUUAUGACUAUUUCAUGCAAAAAGAAAUAUUUGAACAACCGGACUCAGUUUUGAAUACAAUGAGAGGUCGAGUGAAAUUUGACAUGAAUACAGUGAAAUUGGGCGGCUUAGCUGAACACUUAAGUUCAAUUCGUCGGUGUCAUCGAUUAAUAUUCAUUGGUUGUGGAACUAGUUAUCAUAGUGCUGUUGCAACACGUGCACUUAUUGAAGAAAUGUCUGAACUACCAGUUAUGGUUGAAUUAGCCAGUGAUUUACUUGAUCGUAAGACACCAAUAUUUCGUGAUGAUGUCUGUGUAUUUAUUAGUCAAUCCGGUGAGACAGCAGACACUUUAUUAGCUAUGCGUUAUUGUAUUAGUCGCGGUGCGCUAGCUGUUGGCAUAACAAACACUGUCGGUUCAUCGAUUUCACGUGAAUCACAUUGUGGAGUGCAUAUCAAUGCUGGUCCAGAGAUUGGUGUGGCUAGUACAAAGGCUUAUACAAGUCAACUGAUCGCUCUUGUUAUGUUCGCCUUAGUAUUAUCUGAAGAUCGUAUAUCACUCCAACCAAAGCGUAUUGGAAUUAUUGAAGCAUUGUCAAAGCUAUCCGAUCAAAUUCGAUCCAUCCUAAAAUUAGAUUCAUCAUUGAAAGAAUUGGCUGAGAAAAUAUAUAUGAAGAAAAGUAUCUUGGUUAUGGGUCGUGGAUACAACUAUGCAACAUGUCUUGAAGGUGCUUUGAAAUUGAAAGAAUUAACGUAUAUGCAUGCUGAGGGUAUUAUGACCGGGGAAUUGAAGCAUGGUCCUCUGGCGAUGAUUGAUAGUGACACGACAAUAAUUAUGAUUAUAACACGUGAUCGAUUAUUUAAAAAAACGAUGAAUGCAUUAUCGGAAAUUAGAGCACGCAAGGGUCAUCCAAUUGUCAUUUGUAGUGAAGGAGAUUCUCAAGUUAUGGCUGAAGCAUCAUAUGCAAUUCAAAUACCUGAAACAGUCGACUGUUUACAAAGUGUACUAGCAGUCAUUCCAUUGCAGUUGAUCUCAUUCCAUAUAGCUGUACAACGUGGAUUGGAUGUUGAUUGUCCUAGGAAUUUAGCCAAGUCAGUGACAGUUGAAUAACUUGUUGAACUUUUUCAAAGAAAAGUCAAGAGGAAAAGUGAAGAUACUCAUGUAACUGUCGUUGAUUGGAUAUUUUAUCUGCUCUAGUGUGAACAUGUAUGUGGCUGAUGAAAGCUUUCAUUAAUAUUCUUAUUAUUAUUAUCAAUAAUAUACUGCGAUUUUUAAAAUGUUUUCUCUUCCUUUGCCCGUUGUUCAAUUUAUGUGUACAUCUGUACAUUUGUUGUGAUCUGAACUUUAUUCAUAUGCAAAUUAAUUUGUUUUGUUUUUUUUACUAAAAUUCUUUUAUUAUAUAUUUAUAUGUUUUUUUUUUAAUAUUCAAUUUUUGAAAACACUUUUUUUGUGCGUGGUUACUUAUACUGUUUUGUCCUCACCAUUUCUCAAGAGAUGUGUUUGGCCUCCAUUUCCUCCAGCUAUUUGCAUCAUCCUACGUUGGUAUUCCAUCACUCAUUAUCAGCAUCAUCAUCAUUCUCUCAGAGUUAGAAAAUGUCCAAUUGGUGUUCUAUGUGUUUUGCCUUUAAUAUUUUACCUCAUGGGUUUAUUUUGAUAUGCUCUCUUUUGUUUCUACUUCUUAUUAUAAUUAUUACUAUUGUCACUACUUCAUUUCAUCUGUAAACUAACCUGUUUUACUUCUCCUUUUACAAAUGUGACUUUUAUAUUUUCUGGUGUUUACGUGAUUUUUGAUCUUUUCUGAUUAAGAAGCUUGGUUGGGGUGGAGUGGGGCGCAGUGCCGGGAGCUAUGGGCGCUUGAUUCCACACCGUAUUUUUUGGUACAGGUGUGGUGAGAGAUGGUUGCUAGCCAAAUUGGUUGACAGUAAUUGAGGUCAAGGUCAAGAUGGACAGGCGGAUACAGUUUACAUAUAGAUGAACUGACACAGCCACAAGAGAUGCAAGGUUAACUUUGUGUGAGAAACAACCAAUCAACAGACUGUAUUUUCUACUAACAUUAACCUACAAUAAUGUACAUCAAAAUCUAUAAAUACGUGUUGAUUUUCCGUAAUAAACGUUCUGUUGCCUGG